CUUCACGGACAGCAAGUGCGCAUUCAAUUUUGGCCCGACCGGUUUGGCUCAAGUUUUACACUUGGCAACCGAGUCGGGAAGAACUCUCAAUAAAACUGUAGCAGGUGAAGCUCCGAGUGAGUGUGUUAGGUUUUUGCUUGUUCGAACGAAGUAAGUCCUUCUUGUCUGCUUCGGUCUACGAUUUCGCACUUCGUGUCGUCGAUUUUGAAGAACAGAGCUUGAUCGAUUUUAACAAAGGACGCACCACAAUGCAACUUAUAACGUAUGUGCUUUAUUAUUGAAUCUUAUGAUAUGUAGUUUUUGAAAAGUUUAAAAUUUUUUCAGAAUUCAUGAAUCUGGGAAAUUGAGAAGAAUCCACAAAGGUAAUGGAAAACUGAAUAAUAAUUCCGGAAAUGAGUGGCAUAAUAACCAUAAUUCAGCUCAGUGAUGUGCUCUGUGAGGACCUGUCAAGACAUCGUAGCGCUGCUCCAACUUUUAGGUCUUUAGGUUUCUUAGAUUUCUCAGGAUGUACCUGUCAAACACAGACCCCCCUGGAUCGGACCCAAGAGCUCCCACUCAAUGGUCGCCGGAGAUUGCCUCUACGCCUCCUCUGUUCUGCGAUUUUAACCACUAGCCCGACCGGAAACCGCUCCUGAGACCCCGGGUUGGGCGGUGCGCACCUAUGUUAAGUGCAAUCCAUAUCCCCCCCGGCCGGCCGCGAUCGCCUGCUGAUAUAGAGUACACAAGAGGGCAAACAGGGCCGCCGGUGAUCGGGUUCACUGACGCCGGGCGCCUGGUUUCUCGCCCGCCCGAGCUGUUCGCGGCGGAACGCGGGCAAUGACGAACUCACGACCAUGGUGAUGAUCGGCGCCUUCUCUUCGUGUCUGGCGCGAAGAUGCGCCGCACGCAUUUCCCAAAGCCUGUAGCGCGGGUAUGCCGGUCGGGGCGAAAAGCGCGGUCGGCGCGCGCUUGGGCAUAAUAGUGGCGGGGCGCGCCGCAGAAAACGCGAAAGGCCCGGGGCUUGGGGCGGUCCUUCUUUCUCGUUAGGCAUCGGUCCGGUUCGCCCGCACCCCGGUCGUGCGGUGGGCCGCCCGCCCCCGCGGCGCGCCGAAGCCCCCUAGCAGCGCCGGGAGCGGUGCGCGGUACACAGCAACGAUUUUCCUGGGCGUUAUGGCCAGCCGCUACAUGCGAUUGCGACGCGGUUAAACAAUAGCGGGGGGGGGCGCGGCCGCCGUGCUCGGCACGCGGAGGCGUCCUUUCGUGAUCGUGCUGCAACCCGGGGGGGCGUCCUUCUCCGGGGGCCGGCGCAGACGGUGAUUUUACUCACGUUGGAAAUAAGGGGUCGUGCCGCGCUAGAAAGGCUACGGUCCGCCGGCGCCCCGGUCGAAGAGCUUCCCUGCGGACCCCACGAGUGGCUCUACAAGUUGGUUGCCUUCUUACUAGAUUGAAGUCGUCUACUGGGCCUCCAUACUGAUCGCCACCCGCGUUUUUUUUCUUUCGCUUUUUAAAAGAUCACAAAACGAUCCGACGCACACCGUGAAAUGAUCCAAUUUUCUUUUGUUGAUCUUUUUUGACCACUUUGAUCUGUACUUUGAUCAUAUUGCACGUGACGCGGCGAGGACGCUUUUGUUUGAAAUCAGAAGCUUUUUUUAGUUGCUCGCUCCGGAGCGCUGCAUCAUUGGUUUAUCGUAAGCUACUGACUUUGAGCUUGACUCCGUUAACAAACGGCCCUCUUCAAGACACCAUGAAUCGCGUCUCGCGUCACCUGACGCGGCAGCCAUUCCGGUCCCCAGUACUGCACGACACGCUCGGACUUGGGAGGAGGAGGUUUUGCGCGCUCGCGCAGAGGCCCGCAGCUGUGAAGAAUGAGUUACCUCCAAACACCAUACGGCAACCCGACGGGAAUAUCAAAACGCUCCUGUACUAACUUGCAACUUUGUUUUUAAGUAACUGCUGUCGUUUGCGCGAGACCUUGGCAUAAGAAUUGUGAAUCAUGUCCACAAAUUUUUCGUAAGUUGUCAGUGGCGUUACCCAUGGUGGAAAGCAACAGGUACGAUGGAGAGGAAGAGAUUUUGACGCCCGCACAGCAUGAGGAAAAGCAGCGGCUUAUCAAGGAGCUUACCCGGAGACUCAGCGGCCCCCUGGCCGACGAGAACGGCAAUGUCCCCACGGGCAAGGACCGACCCAUUGCUAUCGAAGUAGACGGGCCAUCGCAUUUCUACGCCAACUCCCAGCGCUACACAGCGUACUCUGAUGAAUGCAGUCGAAAUACAAAUCUUCAUUCCUUGUUUAGCUCCCCCGCAUUUUAGCCGAUAAUCAAAUUAAUCUCGCCAGUACGUUGGUAGUACUUUCCAGGCGGGGCGCGAAGUGCAGUUUCUAGUACUUAUCCUCGGUCUUUACAGGUACAGCAAGUUGAAGCACCGACUGCUGACCCGGAUGGGUUACAAGGUUCUGCACGUGCCGUAUUUUGACUGGCGGCGACUGCGCGGCGCCAAGGAGCGGGAAGACUACAUGCGGGCGAAACUUCGCGAGGAACCCACCGAGUGGUUGGAUCCGGAAGACGCCAGGUAUUACGAGGGUAUGUCAUCUGCAUCACCAUCGGAAUCAGCGAGACUACCGGACGAGGAAGCGAAACGGUGUGCAACCGCCACCGCAAACCAGUCGUCGAUGGGUGGCGCGACCACACCGGUAGCUGCACCAACAGUAGCAGCUACUAUGUGACGACAACGGAAGGAUCGUCCGACAAACCUUGUGGGCCUUCACCUCUGCCCUCGUGAUGACCAUCGGACAGCUUACAUCUAAUGAAAAACACACAACUUAUCUACACGGCCAUGAUGAACAAAACACCCAGCGUCCACGGACUGAAGUGAUGUUUUAAGUAUUUCCACGGUGCGUCGCGGAGGCCACUCAGCGACAGAGGCUGCAGGCUUGACGCUCGGCUUUGGGAUUUGGUUUUCUCCGGGAGGUGCAAGUAACGUGUGCCCCAACUUUUGUUUGCUAACCUCUCAUCCGUCGUCAGGCUCAAUCUCUAUUCUUUUUCUUCGCAUGGUCGCGCUUUUGCGCCAAGGGUCAAUGAUCCAUCAAGAAUCGUAGUAAUGCGGUCGGUCAAGAAAGACGAUGAGUUUUUGUUUUGUGGUGGAUUGGAUCUUUUUUGAAGAUCUUGCGGCUC